UUGACGAAAUCAAAAUGGCGUCUUUCACGAGAUAGGUACAUCCGCCGCAUACGGUAGUGCGAUAAAAAUAAUCGUGAUAUCUAAAAUUUCAUGUGCGAAUAUAAACUGUUUGUGAACUUUAUUAAGUGUUUGUGCUAAAUUAGUAACAUAGUGCAGUUUGGAAUUUAUUUUCAUCAGUUUUCUCAAGUUUCUACAAGACGCAAGCAGCGGUGAUAGCAUAAUGUAUCAAGGCGGGUGAGGCGCUGUCGCGUCGGCUCACGGCGCGUACGCAGACAUGUCGUUCUUUAAUAAUCUUAAGAAGGUGCUACACUUGGGCGGUGGAAAUGACGCGAAAAAGAAAAGAGUGUUUAGCAAUAUCAAGGAUAAUAGUGAUCCCAAUGAACACUGGGACAUGAUUGGGGAGCUGGGCGAUGGCGCCUUUGGAAAGGUGUACAAAGCCCAGCAUAAAACAACAGCCCAAUUAGCCGCUGCCAAAAUGUGUGUGUUGGACAAUGAAGAUGAUUUAGCAGACUUUACAGUGGAGAUUGACAUUUUGACUGAAUGCAGACACCCGAAUGUAGUGGAACUGCAUGAGGCGUACUUCAUUGACAAUAAGCUAUGGAUGCUGCUCGAAUACUGCGAUGGUGGCGCCCUCGACUCGGUGAUGGCGGAAUUGGAGAAAGGGCUCAAUGAAUCGCAAAUAGCCUACGUUUGUCGCGAAAUGUGUAAAGGACUGGAGUUCUUGCACUCCAUGAAGGUUAUUCACCGGGAUUUGAAGGCUGGAAAUGUACUCGCCACUAUGACUGGUGGUGUUAAAUUGGCGGAUUUCGGUGUGUCAGCGAAGAAUAAAUCAACACUGCAGAAGCACGACACUUUCAUCGGAACACCUUAUUGGAUGGCGCCUGAAGUUGUUCUCUGCGAGACGUUUAGGGACCAUCCCUAUGAUUUUAAGGUGGACAUCUGGUCGCUCGGUAUAACAUUGAUCGAGUUCGCUCAAAUAGAGCCGCCGAAUCAUGAGAUGACUCCCAUGAGAGUUCUGCUCAAGAUACAGAAGAGUGAUCCUCCGACACUUGAGCAGCCCUCGAGAUGGACGAAGCAUUUUAAUGAUUUUAUAUCCAAAGCGCUUGUGAAGGACCCAGAAAAGCGUCCAACAUCAACGGACCUUCUCAAUCACGAGUUCGUCAGUGGAAAUCUCGAUUCGAAAUCUCUGAGGGAUCUCUUACUCGAGUACAGAGCUGAGGUGGUUGAAGAAGAGCUUUUGGAUGAUGAUUCCGAGAGGAAGCGACGCGCGCGUCUAAACCGCGAGCAAUAUCAGAGGCCGCAAGAGUUUCAUCCCUUGUUGAAGGAACAUCGCAGCUCUCAAAUGCAGAUGGAGAUAGAAGAUGACUCAACGUCUGUGCGGUCGGGCGAGACGCCGGACAUCAAGAUGUCGGAACAAGACACGUCCGCUCCCCGCGCAACCGCCGCAGCCCCGCCCCGAUCGCCACGCGCUGCUUCCCCCGCGCCCCUUCAGCCCUCACAGCCAACGCAGCCAGCAAAGCGACCACACGACGACGCGGAUAUCGAUCACCGGCACGCUGACAGGAAGCCGCCCGCCCCGAAGAAAGAAAAAGGACCUGCGCCCCCUCCCCCUGCGGUGUCAGCUACCCCGCCAACCCCUACAACACCCAUUACCCCAAUACAGUCACCGUCGACCCCCACACAAGCUGGCAUACCUCCAGCCCCCACACAACCGCCUGUACAAUCAACGACACCCGUCACGCAAUCCUCUACACAGAGUACCCCAACACAAUCACCUACCCCCCUACAGACUCCAACGACCCCCAUACAAAGCCCUACAGAAACAGCGCCCUUGACGCCCUCACAGGCCGCUACGCGUGGGGGCCGCAAACAGCCCGCGCCACCACCACCAGCCCCCACUCCCGCCAGUCCCACUACCGCUGGCAAGUUUAUUGUGGAUCAGGUGUGUCGAGAAGCCGAACAGGCGGUAGAAAAACAAUCAAUCAAUCCAGAGAUACAGUUAACAGAUACAAAACCAAAGCCGGAUAGACCCGAACUGACAGACAACGAAGCUGUCAGUGUCACUGUCAAACAUGACGUUAACAGAAAUAGCACGGAAAUUGACAGGAAUAAUAUCAAAAUUGACGCCAAGACAGACGAAAAGAUAAACGAGAAAAAAACAGAUGUUAUAAAUGAAAUUAAAAGCUUCGACGAUUCUAGGAAACAAAAAGAAGUGAAGAGAAGAAGUAUGGAGAUUGAGAGCAAACUCGAAAAGUCCAAAAGUCUAGCCACGCAAAGGCAAAGUCUCACCGAUGUCAGAGAGACAUACGAAAAGAGAGCUUUGGAAGAGAGGAAGAGCUUCGAUUCAGAGGUGAGAGAGGUUAAAAGAGAGGGAGAGAAGGAGAAGGCUAGAUCGACGGAUGAGAUAGGUGCGAGCGAGACGAAGAGAGUCAGUGCUGAGAUCAGUAGAAUCGAGUCGAGGUCGCGGAGUAUGGACGAUAAAGAUCGGUUGGAUCGGGCGAUUCGGGAUUAUUCGAGAUCCAGUUCGAUAGAUAAGAGUUCCAUCGAGAUAAAGCCAGUUGUGACACCAACCCGUCAGCCAUCACCAUCCCAAGCGGUAACAGUGGUGUCGGUGAGCGCUGAACCGAACUCCUUGGACGCGGUGCCUUGCGGUCUCGUCACUGUAACCACGACGCAUCCUCCCGUGCUUAGCACAGGCGCCAGACUGCCGCCAAACGCAGUGACGAUAUCCAGCACCCCGCCCAUCAACGACGAGGUGGUGGUGGUGGGCGGUUCCGCAAGCGUGGUCACCACCGCCACGGGAUCCUCUUCCGAUGACGACUGUUUCGCUCCCUCAUCUCUUGACUCUUUGGAUUGCACCACAUGCUACACUGAGAAGAGUAGAGGCCGUCGCCUGGACAGCAGUGAAGUGCUGAUCCUUAGCCCUGGAGCUGGUGAUUCGGGUCUCGGGUUCGACGAUUCUCAUAAUCACAAUUUGGACACAUCCCAUGUCUCAGUGGUGACAGUCGGCGCAGAAGAAGUGCGGGUUCGAGACUCGGCGGCGACGCAUAUAGCGUUACCGCACAACGACCACGCCAGCAGACUUAGCCCUGAUAGCUUUGAAAGUCGCCGCUCUGACAGCGGUUCCGGAAGGUCGGAGAGGUCGCGCCGUGGUGAUGCGGACUCUUUGGCGACCACGGCCUCACAUGACUCUCCUCACCUUAAUGGCGGUGGACGGGUAAAUAAAGACAGUCAGAGCAUAGAAGAGAAUGGAGAAGCGGAAGUAGUAUUGAGAAGGAAACCGCAAGAGAACGUCAAUAGGAUACAGAGGUCUAAAGAAGACAUACAUAUGGCGAAUCUGAAGAAGAAGACUCGGAAGCGCACGAGGAAGUUUGAAAUUGACGGCGUUAUCGUUACUACUACAACUCAUAAGGUGAUAUGGGGCGACGAAGAAAGCGGUCGUACGUGGGACGACCACGCCCUGCGCAAACAGGAGUUGCGCGAGAUCAAGAUGCUGCAAAAGCAAGAGCAGAAGCAGUUCCAGGACCUCAGCGCUAAGGAGGCGCAGCUCAGGGAGCAGCAGGACAAGAGGUUCGAAGCGGAGUUGGCGUCCCUAUGUCGAGCUCAUGAAGCAGACUUGGAUACGUUGGCUCGCGCCCAAAGAGCGUCGGCAGAAAGGGCCGAACAGCAACUAGAAGCAGAGUUAAGGGCCCAAGCGAAGCGCCUUCGAGCAGACCACGAAAGAGAUUUGCGGCACUUUAGAGAUACGCUCAAGCAGGAGUUGCGGCUGCUUAAGCAGGAAGUAGAACUAGUCGCAAAGGACCGUCGUAAAGACGCGUACAGGCAGCGUCGAACGCGGCUGGACGCGGAGCACGCGGCCCGCGAGCGCGCGUUCGUCGCCUCGUUGGCCGAGAGCGGGGACGCCGUGCUCAGGCGCGUGCACGCCACGCACCGCGAGAGGCAGGCCUUGGCUGACAGGCAGCAUUUGCAGCAGAGGCAGCAGAUAAUGCGUACCCGAGAAGCAGCUCUCUGGGAAUUAGAAGAGAAGCAAAUCCACGAGAGACACCAGCUCGCGAAACGACAACUCAAAGAUGAGUUCCUGCUCAGACGGCAUCAGAUGCUGGUCAGGCACGACAAGGAGUUGGAGCAGAUUAAGAGGAAAAACCAACGCAAAGAGGAGGAGUUGGCGAAGUGCCAGGCGUUAGAGAAGAGAUCUCUUCCCAAACGUAUACGUGCGGAGCAGAAGGCGCGAGAGAUGAUGUUCAGGGAGUCUUUGAGAAUAGGAGCCGCCACUCACAGUCAUGAUGAUGAGAGGGAAAGACUUAAGAAGUUCCAAGAGAACGAGAAACGUCGUUAUCGAGCUGAACAGCAAAGACUGGCGACGAAACACGCGAAAGCCAGGGAAGAGCUGAAAGCAGCUGGAGAGGCGUUACUCCGCGAACUGGAGCAAUACCAGAACGAAAAGCGCAAAGCGCUGAUGAACCACGAGAGCAAUAAGAUGAAGACCAUCGAGGAGCGAUAUGGGCAAGAGUUGAAGGAGUGGCGUGCCACUUUGGGAGACAGGAAACAGGCCUUGGAUGAUGAAUUCGCCGCACAGUUAGAGGAGCAAGAGCGUCUGGCAGCCAACGCCAGGCUUCCGCCCCCAACCUCUACAAUGCCACAGCACAGCUCAACACUACAUUCAUCAAGAACAAGUCUUACGUCUAGCCAUUACGAGUAACUGUCAAAUAACAUUGUCAAUGCGUCGUCUGUCAGAAUGCAGACUGGUUUUUUAAAUGUGUCAAGAGAUGUCAAUUGUCACAGAUUAAGUCCGCAGAUUAUCAUUUAUCGGAACUUAAAUUUUCAUUCACCGAUUACAAAUUUUGAUAAUCGAAAAUAACUUAGACAUAGAUUUUCGUAUUCUUAUUAUGGUCUGAAUUGAUAUUUGUAAAUAGAUUAUAUUUUAAAUCAUUUUUAUCUUUGCUUUCCACUUAACAAUUAGCCUAUGUGUUCAGAAGAAUAAUGUUAAAUUUUACAAUAAAAUGGCCUAAUAAUAAGGAGCUUUGAAGUGCCAAAUAAAAAAUAUUUAUGGCUUUUUUGGAAUGGCGUUUCUAGGGUAAGGCGUGGUUAGUUUAGGAAUUGAGAGAUUCGAGGUGCUUUGUCGAGACUGCUUAACAUAAUCAGCCCCAAGUUUGCUGUUCCAAUGGUUCUCUUACUAUAGUUUUGAUAGUAGCAACGAUGGUAAAGGUAGAGGUACACAAUGCUAUUUGUGUACCUCUACCUUUGUGUACCUUUACCAUCGUUGCUAUCAGGAAAACCAUUGGUAAUUGCUACGAAUGGUAGCUGACCAUUGGAAAAACUUGGAGACUACCCGCACACGUAUUACAUAUAAAAACACAAACGACGCCAUUUUGAAUGGUUGGAACGUGUGCGGGUUAUGGGUUGUUUGAAAUUCAAAUUGACGGACUUAUUUUUUUAUUUCCAUAGAUAAGGUUGAAUAGUCAAAAUUUUUGUGAGUGUAUAUUUGUACAUACAUAUGCUUUUCGGUCUUUUUGACUUUUAGAUAGUAAGUGGAAAAUAUUUUUUCAUGUACAGUAUUUCUUGUCUACUUAUUUCCGUUCUAUAGGUUAACCAAAGACAAUCAGAACUACGGCUAGUCUCCUUUGUCUAUUUCCUUUUUAACAACGAUUGCACUGCACUAAUUUGUUAUGUAGAUUUAAGUGUUUCAAAGCCUAUUUUUAAACGAUUUUAUUCAAGAAUCUAUUAUUAAAUUAAAAUGCUCUCGCACUUCCCGUCACACACAUCCGGCCAAUGUUUCCUGUUUGAACUAAAGUAUGUUUAAUUAAACAGAACCUUCCAUACGCUUAACACCGUCACAUGUACAAACAUAUCUUUAGAGGUUUAUUUUCUAUGUACAAUAGCAUAAUUAAGAUUAUCAUACAAAAAGUUUAGUUUACUAAAUUAAUUUAUAAAAUGUUGAAGGUAGUUCUUAAAAUUUAUGAAAAGGACAGCCAAUGUCUCACAUAGUUUAAAUUAGUAAACUAAAACUUUUUAUAGUCCAUGCACUAGUAGACUUCGAUUGUUUUAGGUUCUUAAUCCGUUUGCAUUCUACUUAUAAUCUACUUAUAAACUCUUGUUAAUCAACUGGUUAAAAAGUGGGUAGUUACAAAUUUUAAACCAGUCAGUAUAUAACUCAUCAAGUAUUAAGAACUGAGAAAUUCCAAUGUUUGUAUACAACUGGUGAAUUAAAAGUUGGUAGUUGCAAAUUUUAAACAAGCCAGAAUAUAACACAUCAAGUAUUAAGACCGGAGAGAUUGUAAAGUUUAUAAACAACUGGAGAUUUACUUAAAUGUGGGUAGUUGCAAAUUUUAAACAAGUCAGUAUAUAACUCAUCAAGUAUUAAGACCAGAAGAAUUCCAAUAUUUGUAAAGAACUGGUGAUUUAAAUGUAGGUAGUUGCAAAUUUUACACAAGCCAGAAUAUAACACAUCAAGUAUUAAGACCGGAGAGAUUGUAAAGUUUAUAAACAACUGGGGAUUUACAUGUGGGUAGUUGCAAAUUUUAAACAAGUCAGUAUAUAACACAUUAAGUAUUAAGACCAGAGCAAUUCCAAUAUUUGUAAACAACUGGUGAUUUAAAUGUGGGUAGUUGCAUAUUUUCAACAACCCAGCAUAUAACAGAGUCCUUACUAUGAAACUUCCAAAAGUGAUCCUGACGAUUUUUGUAGUUCACCAUCCGUAGCGCUAAUGUUUGGAAUCCUUACCAGAGACUAGAGCUUGCUAAUGGAAGUUACAUAGUAAGGACCCUGCGUAAAUCUAAGACAAUCACAAAAGUAACGAUAUAUUUUCAUAAGGAAUUUGGAAAUUAGCAGUGAACACAUUAAAAUGAGAAUUUUGCUCAAACUGCUAACUUUUUAUACAAAUUUGGGGUCUUUUAAUAAUCGUAAAAGGUACCCGCGUUUUAUGAUAGUGAAACUUCUGUGUAAUUUUAGUUUAUAAGGGCCUUGGGGUCCAACGUGCAGACGGAUUUCUUUUAUUUAACAUGAUUAUUUGAUGUCGUUUUCAAUAUUAAUUUUACGCCAUCACGAUUCCAAAUUUGUGAUAUCUGUUAAUGGUAUAUUAGAAAUUCCAAGCUAAUUUAAUUUGUAAUAUAAUUGCCCAGGGUCUUUUGGGACAAUCACUUUUCGACGGCCGUGACCGUCUAGUUUGUAUGGAAAUUAUCACGUGACAGCCUGUAGAAGACCCACACGUGUUCGUGUAGGGUUGGUGGGUCGAAAAGUAAUUGUGUCUCAAGCACUAAGCGUAAGGUAAUUUCAAUUUGACAGAUUCUGUCAAAUGACAGUGACAGAAACAAACGACUGUCGAAAAGUGAUUGUGUCAAGCCCCAAGCGUAAGGUAUAUUCAAUUUGACAGAUGCUGUCAUAUGACAUUGACAGAAACAAACGACUGUCGAAAAGUGAUUGUCUCAAGCCCCAAGCGUAAGGUAAUUAAAAUUUGACAGAUGCUGUCAUGUGACAGAAACAUACGACUGUCGAAAAGUGAUUGUCUCAAGCCCCAAGCGUAAGGUAGUUAAAAUUUGACAGAUGCUGUCAUAUGACAGUGACAGAAACAUUCUUUAACUUUAUCACCUUUUUCUGUUUAUUAUCUAUGGUAAGAGAAAUAUUGAAAACGGCUAUAUACGAGAUUACCGCAGUAUUUAUGUAAUGUUUUAGUUUAAUGUAGACCUAGCCAUUUUAAAGUUAAUUUUAUUUUGUCUAUAUGCAGUAAAAAGUAAAUUAUUGUUACAACUUUUUGAAAUAUAAAGACCUUAAUUUGUA